GUGGACAUGCACAUCAGAGCCCUCCACGGGAAUUUUGCGGAUGCCGAAAAUGCGGAGAUCCAAGAGACUCGUGAGGAUCUCAAGAGAACCGUGGCUGGGUACCGCCUGGGCAGUGAAGAUGCAGUCGAUCGAUCCACGAACGUUCAGGAGCCAUCCCUGAAGCAGCUGUACCUGCGAUUACUGGAAUUGGAGCGGGAGAACGAGAAGCUGAAGGCAAACGUCUGCGACCUUCAGGCCCAGUUGGCGCAGAAGGAAAGUGCCGCCGUGGAGUGGAUGGACGAUGGCUACGUUGCACGCGCCGUUGGCAUGGGGAGCGCCCAAGAAUCUCAAGUCACAGCUGGGCCGAGGGUGAGUGCACGAAGAGAAGUGGUGGAGGCAGAUGAAGGGAAUCGGGAAUUCGAGGAGACCAUCCAGUUGUUCGAUCGAAUUUUCUGCCAGGUGGUUGAUCAAGCCCACCAGGUCUACGGAAAAUUGUUGAUCGCAAAAGAGGUGGCAGAGAGCCGGCGGUGCCAAAUUUAG